AUGCACCCGGGAGCAACGGGCAGUCCACGCAUUGUCCUGCCUCAUCCGGCUUCGGGAUUUCCCUAUCAAGCAUUUUUAUCAAAGUCAGAUCGUCAAGGUCCCGAUCCGUACAGACCGCGACAGCUCCCUGUGCCCAAGAGCCCCACGUCGCGGAACACUGCAAUGGGCCGGCCACGCGCCACUUCCAGCGUCGCGCCCACGCCGGCCGGAAGGAGCGAUUUUAGCUUGGCACACUCGCAUGCGACGCCGGGCUCAGGACACGCUUCCGACUCCGCCGGUCCAUCCAGUAUGCCUCACGCCUUUGCCUCUGCGAUGUCCAGCAAACAACAGCAAAGCUUCGUCAGCAAGUUGUAUGCGUGAGUUGCUGAUGAGAUCUCGCUUUAACGCUCUCGCAUGGCUGUGAGCUCUGACAGGGCAUGAAUAUUCCAGAAUGCUUGAGGACCGUUCGAUCAGCGAUAUGAUCGAUUGGAUACCUGAUGGAACGGCAUUCAGCGUUGCAAAUCCAUCAGAGUUCUCUAGGUGAGUCUCGAAGCUGGUUUGGCCCAGUAGUGCUGCAAGUGAAGCCUGACUUGAGCCCCAUACUUCGCAGAUUGAUACUCCCGAAUUGGUUCAAGCACUCUAAUUGGCAAUCAUUCGUUCGGCAACUCAAUAUGUAGUGAGUGCAUUAUGCUGCGAGCCCACGCAUCUCAAACGACUUUUUUCGACCCUGAAUGCGCUUCUCUUUGCCCCAGCGGGUUUCACAAAGUCAAUCACACUUUCCAGGGCAAUCCCAAUGAUGAGGUGCAGGUCUGGGAGUUCAAACACAGCCUGUUUCGACGUGGCGAUGUGCAAGCUCUAGCCGACAUCAAACGUAAAGCCGCUCGACACCGAAAUUCUGACUCUCAGUCACGGGGCCUUGCAGCAGCUGCUUUAGCGUCUGGCAUACCCAUUGGAGACUACGACGGCUCGAAUGUGUAUCGCGCAGACGAAGGUGUGCAGCAAGAUAUGGAUAGUCCCACCUCGUCACCUGAGAUGCCGAUGUCGAAUUCCUUGCCGGAGACGUUGAGUCUAGGACUACGCUUUUACGAUAGGCAAGGAGAGGCAGCUCGCGUCACAGCACAUAGCCGAGAGCAAAUGCCGCAGCGCGCGGUACGGCACCGCUCAGACUCCCAGACGUAUGGUCAAGCGCAGCAAGGCGCGCAAGAAUCUGCUGGCCCUGCGUACCGCUCCUCAGGCAUUGAAGGCCAAGUGCCGCGCGCAGGACCCGCAGAGGACUCAAUGUCAAGCAUAGAUCUCAAUCUAGUCGCAAGUCGCAUAGGUGAUGUCUCGGAGCGCGUAGACGCCAUCAUCCGACACUCGAGCUUCGUGGAGAAGGAGCUUCUCCAUCUCACUGCGGAGCUAGCGAUGUCGCGCCAGACCGAAGAGGAUCAAAAUCGUCACAUCAUGUUGCUAGAUUCUCAGGUCCGCUUCCUUACCGAAAGACUGGAGCGCUUUGAAGAUGCUGCUGGAAGGUCGAGGGAUCUCUCCGCACAGCCAGCAACUCUGCGAGAUCAGCCUCUGCUCCUUUCGAGCGGAGCGGGCCAAUCAGCUCGCUCCCAACAGCCUCGGCCCCCGUGA